AUGGCGGCAAGGCUGCUCAAGGUCGAGACCUCGGUGACUGCUCCUCCGCCCCCUCUUUCCUUGAGAGGAUCGUCGCGGAGUGCCUCCCCCUCUACCGUGCCAUUACCAGGGUGCACGGUGGUGGAUGGGAGAUCGACGUCUUUCUGGUUCGACAAGUGGCUGACGGGGGGAACGCUGGCGACGCGUUUCCCUGCCCUGCUCAGCCAAUGUACGCGGCCACACGCCUCAGUUGCUUCGGUGUCUUCCGGGGGGCUGCACCUCCAGCCUCCCCUCUCGACGGCGGCAGUGGGAGAGCUCACUCAGGUCCUCCGCAUCAUCGACGACACCUCCCUCUCGGCUGGGGCGGACAGGCGCGUCAUCGACUCCCCCUCAGGGCCGGCUUUCAGCUCGCGCGAGGCGUACAGGAUGCUCUCCCCCAGCCGACCCCCCGACGCCUCGGCAUGCACGACUUGUGGCCUCCGGCUCCCCACGAAGCUGAAGAUCUUCGCGUACUUGGCUGACAUUGACAGGCUCAGCACCCGGGCGAACCUGUUCUACAAGCACUGCGCUCCUUCGGCGAUAUGUGCUUCCUGUCCGGAGAUCGAGACCGGGCGACACCUCUUCUUCUUCUGUCCGCCGGCGGUGGCCCUUUGGAGCCACCUAGGUGUCUCCAUUCCGCCGGGGCUAGUUUCGAUUUGGGACUUGCCAGCUCCCAUUUAG